AUGACGGACACCGUGGUCAGCAACAGCGCCAACCGAUGGAUGUACCCCAGCGACCGGCCCCUGCAGUCCAAUGACAAAGAACAGCUCCAGGCAGGCUGGAAUGUCCACCCCAGCGGUCAGCCCGACAGACAGAGGAAGCAGGAAGAGCUGACGGACGAGGAGAAGGAGAUCAUCAACAGGGUGAUCGCUCGAGCUGAGAAAAUGGAAGAAAUGGAGCAGGAGAGAAUCGGGCGCCUGGUGGACCGACUGGAGAACAUGAGGAAGAGCGUGGCCGGGGACGGGGUGAACCGCUGCAUACUGUGCGGAGAGCAGCUGGGGAUGCUGGGCUCGGCCUGUGUCGUGUGUGAGGACUGUAAGAAGAACGUCUGCACCAAGUGUGGGGUGGAGACCUCCAACAACCGCCCGCACCCUGUGUGGCUCUGUAAGAUCUGCAUGGAGCAGAGAGAGGUGUGGAAGCGYUCUGGAGCCUGGUUCUUCAAGGGCUUCCCCAAGCAGCUCCUCCCACAGCCCAUGCCCAUAAAGAAGAGCAAGCCCCAGCCUCCUGCGAGUGAGCCUGCCGCCCCAGAGCAGCCUCCUGAGCCCAAGCACACCGCCCGUGUUCCAGCCCGAGCUGACACUGAAGACAGGAGGGGCCCGGGUCCCAAAACAGGACCUGACCCAGCAUCUGCUCCUGGGAGAGGAAGCUAUGGGCCUCCUGUGCGCAGGGCCUCSGAGGCCCGCAUGAGUUCAUCUACCCGGGAUCCAGAGAGCUGGGACCAUGGUCAAGGUGGGGGAGCUGGAGACGCCAGCCGCAGCCCAGCRGGAUUGAGACGAGCCAACUCAGUCCAGGCCUCGAGACCCGCCCCCGCCUCGGUGCCCAGCCCAGCAYCUCCUCAGCCUGGACAGCCAGGGCCCCCAGGGGGCAGCAGACCCGCGCCAGGGCCAGCAGGGCGCUUUCCAGAGCAGAGACCAGAAGUGGCUCCCAGCGACCCUGGCUAUACGGGAACCACGGCCCCAGCCCGGGAAGAGAGAACAGGGGGAGUAGGGGGCCCUUAUUCCCAAGCAGCCGCAGCUGCGCCCCAGCCUGCCCCCGCCCCCACCCGCCAGCCACCCCCAGAGGAGGAGGAGGACGCCAACAGCUACGAUUCUGAUGAAGCAACCACCCUGGGUGCCCUGGAAUUCAGCCUGCUCUAUGACCAGGACAACAGCUCUCUGCAGUGCACCAUCGUGAAGGCUAAGGGACUGAAGCCCAUGGAUUCCAAUGGCCUGGCCGAUCCCUAUGUGAAGCUGCACCUCCUGCCGGGAGCCAGCAAGUCCAACAAGCUACGGACAAAGACCCUGCGGAACACCCGGAAUCCUGUCUGGAACGAGACCCUGGUGUACCACGGCAUCACGGACGAGGACAUGCAGAGGAAGACCCUCAGGAUCUCCGUCUGUGACGAGGACAAAUUCGGCCACAAUGAGUUUAUUGGGGAGACCAGAUUCUCGCUCAAGAAACUGAAGCCCAACCAGAGGAAGAAUUUCAAUAUUUGUCUGGAGCGGGUGAUCCCCAUGAAGCGCGCAGGGACCACGGGGUCGGCCCGCGGCAUGGCGCUCUACGAGGAGGAGCAGGUGGAGCGCAUUGGCGACAUUGAGGAACGCGGCAAGAUCCUGGUGUCCCUGAUGUACAGCACACAGCAGGGGGGCCUCAUCGUGGGCAUCGUGCGCUGCGUGCACCUGGCUGCCAUGGACGCCAACGGCUACUCGGACCCGUUCGUUAAGCUCUGGCUGAAACCAGACAUGGGGAAGAAGGCCAAACACAAGACUCAGAUUAAAAAGAAAACCUUGAAUCCUGAAUUUAACGAGGAGUUUUUCUACGACAUCAAACACAGUGACCUGGCCAAGAAGUCGCUGGACAUCUCUGUCUGGGACUACGACAUCGGGAAGUCCAACGACUACAUCGGAGGCUGCCAGCUGGGGAUCUCAGCCAAGGGAGAGCGUCUGAARCACUGGUACGAGUGUCUGAAAAACAAAGACAAGAAGAUCGAGCGCUGGCACCAGCUUCAGAACGAGAACCACGUGUCCAGCGAUUAG